UUCACCGACUACUGAAGCAACGCCAGAAUAAAAAACCCAUUGGAAAAAAAGUGAACUUGGAUCGAAUAUAUGAGUAAUUGUUACAUAUCGAGCAGGUGAGGUGAUCAAUUUCAGAAGUUUCGCUUCCACGUGGUUGUUAUUGGGAAAAUCUGCUCACCUAAUUUGAGGGGUUUGAGCAUGGGCAACGAGCUCCGUUAUGUAUGCCUUGUGGAGACAAGGAGGAUGCUGUUGCUAAUGGGGGUGGUUUUCGGGUUGGUUUUGUUUGUACAGUAUUUCGAGCGUCCAUAUGGGAAUGUCUUAUCCUCUGUGUUCGAGACUAGCAAGUCUCGUGUAGCUACUAUUAAGAACAUUUCCAGUAGGGAUCCGAUUAAUAGAGAUUCUACAAAUUCGAGUGUUGGUGAUGAGGGGCCAGAUGCUAUAAAGGGAAGGUAUGAUGAUACAAGGAAUGGUAAAGAUGAGUUUGUCUCGGGAAGUGGAAAGACUCUGAAUGAUAGUUUAGGUGAUGGUUUUGGUUUGGAAAAUGGGAAAGCUUCAAAUGAUACUUUUGGUGAUGACUUUGUUCUUGAAAAUGGUACGAGGAUCGUUGAUACUUUAGGUGGUGGUUUUCAUCUGGAAAAUGGGUUGAACGAUACUUUAGGCGAUGAUGAUUCUCGUCUGGGAGAUGGAAAGACCUUCUUGAAUGGCACCAUAGACGAAGAUGGCAUUGAUCCAGAGGAUGAGAUUUCUUUGAAGGACUCGUUGGAAAUGGAUCGCGACUCAAUCAUUGAUACAGCAGUGAGGAAUUAUAUUGAGAGCACUGAUGACGGGCUUCAGGAGCUGGAAGAAGCUUCCAGAGCUAAUGAUUCGAUGAAGCAUGAUGGGAAUGGAGACAUCGUUCAAAGUAUUGGUAGAAACGAAGAACUUGUUUCUAAGGGAACUCCUUCAGUUGCUGAAUCACCGUCUAGUUUGCUCUCCCAAUCUUUCCCUCCACAAAAUCCAGAACCAAGUCGAAGCACUUCUACAGAAUCUCCUCCUCCAGAUGUAACAACGGGGAAAGAGUCCGACAAUUUACUGCUGAAAAGUGAAAAUCCCAGCAUUCCGAAUGCAGAUCAUUCCAGAAGAACGAAAGAAAGAAUUAGUGAACCGGAACCUGCAGUACUAACAAUAUCUAAAAUGAGCAAUAUGCUCGAGCAGAGUCAGCUCUCGUACCAACCACCGAAGAUUCAAUGGUCUUCACCUGCAGAUCGUGAACUACGAAAUGCAAAAGCCCUGAUCGAGAAUGCUCCGUUGAUAGAAAAUGAUCCUCAGUUUGAUGUUAGCUUGUUUCGCAACUUCUCUGCUUUCAAAAGGAGCUACGAGUUGAUGGAAGAGACUCUCAAGGUUUACAUCUACGCUGAAGGCGAACGGCCUAUAUUUCACCAGCCGCCUCUUAAAGGCAUAUAUGCCUCCGAAGGGUGGUUCAUGAAGCAGCUAAAGUCGUACAAGAAAUUCGUCACCAAAAAGCCUAAAAAGGCCCACCUCUUCUACUUGCCUUUCAGCACGCGUCAGUUGGAGGUCUCUCUCUACGUUCCCGACUCUCACGAUCGCAAGCCCUUGAUCGACACGCUAAGCAACUACAUCCAGACGAUCACCGCCAAAUACCCUUUCUGGAACAGAACAACCGGAUCCGAUCAUUUCCUCGUCGCCUGUCACGAUUGGGCGCCGGCUGAGACGAGGGAGAUCAUGACGAACUGCAUCCGGUCCCUCUGCAACGCCGACAUGAAAGAAGGGUUCACGUUCGGCAAAGACACAUCCCUCCCUGAGACGUACAUCCAAACGCCACAAAACCCGCUAAGGCAGCUCGGGGGCCGGCCCCCGUCCCAGAGACGGAAUCUCGCCUUCUUCGCGGGCAACAUGCACGGCUACCUCCGGCCGAUCCUGCUUAAGCAGUGGCACGGCAAGGACCCCGACAUGAAGAUAUUCGGGCAGAUACGCAAGAAGGCGAGGGGGCAGACGAGCUACGUGCAGUACAUGAAGAGCAGCAAGUACUGCAUUUGCGCGCGAGGGUUCGAGGUGAACAGCCCCCGGGUGGUGGAGGCCAUAUUCUACGAGUGCGUGCCCGUGAUCAUCUCGGACAACUUCGUCCCCCCCUUCUUUGAGACGCUGAACUGGGAGGCGUUUGCUGUGUUCGUUCUCGAGAAGGAUAUACCGGACCUGAAGAGGAUACUCGAGUCGAUACCGAGGAAGAGGUACUCGGAGAUGCAGGGGAGGGUGAAGAAGGUGCAGCAGCAUUUUCUGUGGCAUCAAAAGCCAGUGAAGUAUGAUGUUUUUCAUAUGAUUUUGCAUUCUAUUUGGUAUAAUAGAGUGUUUCAGACUAGAUCUUAGUCAUUAUACUUUACUGUUUGUAGAUGUCUACACACAAGUUUUUUUUUUUUUUUGUUUUUUGUGUUCAUAGUGAUAGCAAGAAUGAAAAUUUGUAAAAAUAAAGGGUGAAUUGGUUGAUCAGAUCAACUCAAAAGAUCAUAAAAUCUUUCUUUGUAAAUAGUUUGGAAGAUAGUAAUCUCUCUUUUCAGUUGUAA